CUGAGGGCACGUGACAUGCCGGGCAGAAGGUUCCUGCUUCACUCCCCGGGUACCAUGUCUGCUCACCGGCACAGCAUUAACGCGGAUCCCGGGGCUCCGCUGGGCGAGGCCUCACCCCUGCUGGGCAAUAGGCUGCCACAGCGGAGCGCCACCGGAGCCUCAUUUGGUUCUUCUGUUUUCAAUCUCAUGAACGCUAUUAUGGGAAGUGGAAUCCUGGGAUUGUCUUAUGCGAUGUCCAACACUGGAAUAAUCGGCUUCAGUGUCCUGCUGCUAAUUGUCGCUGGUCUGGCUGCUUACUCCAUUCACCUCUUGCUUCGUAUGUGUAUUCAGACAGCGGUCACAUCAUACGAGGACAUCGGUCUCUCUGCAUUUGGGUCACCUGGAAAGGUUAUUGUGGCAAGUACAAUUCUUAUUCAGAACAUUGGUGCAAUGUCAUCGUAUCUGUUCAUCAUUAAGUCAGAGUUACCAGCUGCUAUCACCGGGUUUUUAACAGAAGACCAUACUGGAUCGUGGUAUCUAGAUGGGCGCUAUCUGCUGCUCCUGACUGCUGUGUGCGUUGUGCUGCCGCUUGCCCUCCUUCCUAAAAUAGGCUUUCUUAGCUGCACAAGCAGUUUGUCAUUUUUCUUUAUGGUCUUCUUUGCAAUUGUGAUUGUAGUAAAGAAAUGGUACAUCCCUUGCCCACUGCCGCUGAAUCACACCAUGGCGUAUUACCAGGUCAACAAUUCUGAAGAAUGUAAAGCAAAGUUGUUUGAAAUAUCAAAGGAGAGUGCCUUCGCUUUGCCCACUAUGGCUUUCUCAUUUCUCUGCCAUACGUCUGUUUUGCCCAUUUACUGUGAACUUAAAAGCCCAUCAAAGAGCAGGAUGCAAAAUGUCGCCAACCUGGGAAUUACUCUAAGUUUUGUCAUCUAUUUCAUUUCUGCCCUGUUUGGCUAUCUCACCUUUUACGACAAAGUGGGCUCUGAACUGCUGCAGACCUACAGCCAGUACCUACCUAAAGACAAUCUCAUUGUGACAGUCAGACUCUUCAUAUUGCUUGCUGUUCUCUUGACUGUCCCUCUCAUACACUUUCCUGCACGGAAAGCAUUCAUGCUGCUGUUUUUCUCCAGUUCAAGAAUUUCUUACUUGCGUCACAUUUUGGUAACAUUGGGACUAAAUAUAAUAAUUGUGGUGCUUGCGAUAUAUGUGCCGGACAUAAGCAACGUAUUCGGUGUGGUGGGAUCCACAACAUCAACCUGUCUCCUGUUUGUGUUUCCUGGGCUCUUCUAUGUCAAGCUAAGCACAGAGGAUUGUUUAUCACGUCAGAAGCUUGGG